AUGCCCCUUACAGUCCGGUUGCACCUUGGUAUCAUUUACUCCAUACUACCUAAGAAUCCACUUUUUCAUCAAAACCUAAGCUCUCAGCCUUCCACUAAGAUGAAAGAAGUCAAAUUACCCUCAUUUUCCAACUAUGGACUACAGUGGUGUUUGAAGCAGCUAGGAAAGGAAGAAUUUCAAACAUUUAAGGAAUUGCUCAUGCAAGAAGCUUCAGAACUAGCAAUGUGCUCUUUUCCAUGGAUUGAAGUGAACAAUGCCAAUGUGGAACAGCUAGCCUUCCUCUUGCACGAGCAUUAUAGAGAAUCUCUUGCCUGGAAAAUAUAUAUUCACAUCUUUGAAAAGAUGAACCUACCCACACUCUCUGAGAAGGCAAGGAAAGAGAUGAAAAAAAUGCAAAUAUUGUUUGGCGCUUUUAAUCCAGACCAGAGGGGCUUCCGGCCUCACACUGUGGUUCUGCACGGAAAAUCGGGAAUCGGGAAAUCAGCUUUGGCCAGAAAGGUCCUGCUGUCCUGGGCGCGAGGUGAACUCUACCAGGAAAUGUUCUCCUACGUCUUCUUCCUCCGUGCCAGAGAAAUGCCAUGGAUGAGGGAGGGCAGUUUUGCAGAGCUAAUUUCCAGGGAGUGGCCAGACUCUCAGGCUUCAGUGACAGAGAUCAUGUCCCAACCAGAACGGCUGCUGUUUAUUGUUGAUGGCUUCGAUGACCUGGACUUUGUCUUCAAAGAUGGUGACUUGGGUCUCUGUGAAGACUGGGGGGACAAACAACCCACGUCUGUUCUGAUGCACAGUCUGCUGAAGAAAGCCCUGCUCCCUGAGGCCUCCCUGAUGAUCACUGUCAGAGACACGGGCAUAGAAAAGCUCAAAUCCAUGGUCCCGUCCCCCCGUUACCUGUUAGUCAGGGGCAUCUCUGUGGAGAAAAGGAUGCAGUUGCUUCUUAAGCACACGAAGAAUGAGCAUCGGAAGACAAAAGUCUUGAAUUCAGUGGUAGACAACUACCCGCUUUUUAACGAGUGCCAGGUCCCCAUCUUGGGGUGGCUCAUCUGCGAGGCUCUGAAUCUGCACGAGGCGUCGGGAAAGCGCCUUCCCUCUUCCUGCCAGACCCUCACGGGCUUGUAUGCCACCUUUGUGUUCCACCAGCUCACCCCACAAGACCCAUCCCAGUGCUGCCUCAGCCAGGAAGAGAGAGGCACCUUGAAGAGCCUGUGCCACAUGGCUGUGCAGGGAGUAUGGAACAUGAAGUUUGUGUUUUAUGGAGAUGACCUGGGUGUUCACAGACUCAGGGAGUCCGAGCUCUCUGCUCUGUUUCACAUGAGCAUCCUUCUCCGAGACAGCGGCCCUGAAAGCUGCUACACGUUCCUGCACCCCAGCCUCCAGGAGUUCUGUGCUGCCCUGUACUACAUUCUAGAAGGACUAGAAACGGAGUGGGAUCCGUACCCUGUGUUCUUGGAGAACGUAAGGAGCUUGGUGGAGCUCAGACAAAUCAGCUCCAAUGCCCACUUGCUCCAGAUGAAGCGUUUCUUGUUUGGUCUCAUGAGCAAAGAGGUGACGGGGGCCCUGGAAGUCCUGCUGGGAUGUCCCAUCCCCCUGGUGGUGAGGCAGGGGCUUCUGGGCUGGAUCUCCCUGCUGGGUCAGCAGCCCAGCACCCCCUCCCCUCUAGACUUCCUGGACUCCUUCCACUGUCUUUUUGAGACUCAAGAUGAAGACUUUGUUUGCUUGGCAUUGAACAGCUUCCAAGAAGUGUGGCUUCCAAUGAACCGGCGAAUGGACUUGCUGGUGUCUGCUUUCUGCCUCCAGCGGUGCCAGUAUUUGCGGAAAAUUCGGAUGGAUGUCCAGGAGGGCUUCUCAAAGGAUGAGUUCACUGAGGCCCAGCCCCUGAGUCCCCAAGAGGUGCCAGUGAAGACCCUUGCUGAUGAGUGGUGGGGAGAUCUCUGCGUCGUGCUCAGUACCCACCCAAGCCUGCGGCAGCUCGACCUGAGUGGUAGCGUCCUGAAUGAACCAGCCAUGAAGACCCUCUGCACCACGCUGAGGCAGCCAGCCUGUAGAAUACAGAAUCUGAUAUUUAAAGGUGCACAGGUUACGCUUGGCCUUCAUCAUCUCUGGACGACUCUCAUUACCAACCGUAAUAUUAAAUACCUGAGCUUGGAAAACACCCACCUGAAAGAUGAAGAUCUAAUGAUGGCGUGCAAAGCAUUAAGACACCCAAACUGUUUGCUGGAGUCUUUGAGGCUGGAUCACUGUGGACUCACCCCUACCUGUUGCAUGGUGAUCUCCCAAAUCCUUGUUACGUCCAUCAGCCUAAAAUCUCUCAGCCUGGCAGGAAAUAAGGUGACAAGCCAGGGUGUAAAGCCCCUCUGCGACGCCCUGAUUGCCUCCCAGUGCACCCUGCAGAAGCUGAUACUGGGGAACUGCGGCCUCACCGCUGCCGACUGCCAGGACCUGGCCUCAGGCCUCACCGGCAACCAGAGUCUGACCCACCUGUGCCUGUCCAGCAACAGCCUGGGGAGUGAAGGCGUGAAUCUGUUGUGUCGAGCCAUGAAAUCCCCCAACUGUGGGCUACAGAGGCUGAUACUAAAAGAAUGUAACCUGGAUGUGGCUGGAUGUGGCUUUCUUGCAUUUGCACUUAUGGGCAACAGACAUCUGACACACCUGAGCCUUAGCAUGAAUCCCUUGGAAGAUGAUGGGAUGAACCUUCUGUGUGAGGUCAUGAUGGAGCCAUCUUGUCACCUCCAGGACCUGGAACUGGUUAAGUGUCACCUCACUGCUGCCUGCUGCAAGAAUCUGUCCCAUGUGAUCUCAAGGAGCAAACACCUGAAGAGCCUGGAUCUUGCCGCCAAUGCCCUGGGUGAUCAUGGCAUCAUAGCACUGUGCGAGGGACUGAAGCACAGGAAGGCUUCUCUGAGGAGGCUUGGGUUGGAGGCAUGUGGACUGACUUCAGACUGUUGUGAGGCACUGGCCUCGGCUCUCCUCUGCAGCCAACGCCUGACCAGCCUAAACCUGAUGCGGAACAAUUUCGGUGCCACAGGAAUGAUGAAGCUAUGUCCAGCCUUUGCACAACCCACAUCUAACCUACAAAUAAUUGGGCUGUGGAAAUGGCAAUAUCCCCCUCAAAUAAGGAAGCUGCUGAAGGAGGCGCAGCUACUCAAGCCACACAUUGUAAUUGGGGACGGCUGGUAUUCUUUUGAUGAUGAUGACCGGUACUGGUGGAAAAACUGA